CUGGGACUGAGCUGCAAAGAAAAGACCUUUCCUGCUGCUGAUGGGAGUGAGGCAGUCGCUGUGAGCAUUGGGUUUUGUCUACUAAGGUUUCGGAGCGUUAAUAAUUCAGGCUGGACUCUGAAACAGGAAACCCCCGGCUGGUGGUUCCACCGUCUCGGGAGGGCCGGAGAACAGGCAGGUCUGUUUUUGAUGGAUGUAACUGAAGAUUUAUAAAGAAAGGUCUUCUCCGCCUCGCCUGCAGUUGUUUCUUUUCCAAUGCCGGUGCCAAGCAGGCAUAUAAAUGUUGGCCGUUCCCAGAGCUGGGAUGCUGCGGGGUGGUACGACGGCCCCUGGGAGAGCCGGCCGGGGAGAAGCUCUCUGACGUAUGGAGGAGGAGGAGGAGGAGGAGAGGGGCCGUGGUGGGAGCCACCAAGCCACGGGCUGCAGGAGGCCGCCGUGCUGGGCCAGGAGCCCGCCCUGUUCCGGGAAGCCUUCCACAACCGGGCCGCUGCCAGGAAGAUGUCUGCUCCUGACUUCGCCUUUUACGACAGCAGGCAGGCAGUGAUGUCGGGGCGGGGUCCCCUGCCGCUGCAGGACGACUACGGCCACCUGCCCAUAGCUGCCAGGGCACCCAAAGAGCCUCCCUACUGGCAGGACCCAGGAGCCAGCCGGUCGGUGCCCGGUUAUGGCUAUGGGGUGCUCGGCAGCAGAGUGACGUGGGACCCGAUUCCAGGCCGGACCCCUGUGCUGCAGGAUGCUGGGCUCCCGUAUCAGGAUCCUGGAGGUAAAGUGAUCGCCCCGGGGCUCCGGCCGCAGAGCAGGGGCCCGUCUCCCACGUGGUACGGAGCGGAGGGGCCUGCUGUCCCCCCGGCUCAGGACUAUGCCGAGGUCAGCGAGAGACCCCUCAGCUCGGCCUCUGCCCGGCAGGCAGCCCCGACCUGCCUGGUGGUAGACCCCAGCUCGGCAGCUGCCUCAGACGGGCGCCCAGGGCCAGCCCCAGGCACGGUCAACAGGGGCUACAGGCCUGCCCGGGAAAGCGUCACCUCCAAGGUGGCUUUUGAGACUUACGAAGCCGACAUGUCUGCGUUCCAGGCGCCUGGUGGCAAGAGAGGCUUGGUCCCCGAGUUCGUGGCCCUGCUGCGGGCCGAGGGCGUGGCGGAGAGCACGCUCGCGGGUUUGCUGCAGCAAGGCUUUGACUCCCCGGCCGUCCUGGCCACGCUGGAGGACACGGACAUCAAGGCUGUGGCGCCCAACCUGGGCCAGGCCCGCGUCCUGAGCCGCCUGGCCAGCAGCUGCAGGAUGGAGAUGCAGCUGCAGCGGCAGGGCCAGCCGGGCCCCCGGCCCCGGGCGCGAUCCGGUAGCUUCAGCCACCAAAGCGAGCUGCUCCAGGGUGGCUUUGCCACACUGGGCGGCACCACGGCCCUGCAGCCCCAGCCCCUGGGUUCCCUGCAGGCAGCAUCCCGCAGAGCUGGAGACGCGGCCCGCCGACCCUCGAGCGCCCCGUCCCAACACCUCCUAGAGACGGCAGCCACCUGCUCUGCUCCCAGCGUGGGCAGCCACGCCCCCCACGUGCCCUCCAGCUCUGGCUACAGUUCUCCCACGCCUUGUGCUCUGACAGCACGGCUGGGGCCUGUGUACCCUGCCCAGGCCGGGGUGGCUUUGACAAACCCAGGCCCCUCGAACCCCCUCCACCCGGGCCCCAGAACAGCCUACUCCACUGCGUACACCGUACCCAUGGAGCUGCUGAAGCGGGAGCGCAGCGUGCCCCCGUCUCCCCUGCCCAGCCCCCACGGCAGCCCCCAGCUCCUGCGGAAGCCAGGCGUCCCCACGGAGCCGGCCAUGCUGCUGCCAGCCAGCCAAAGCCUCCGCACCCCGCACUCCCCGUACCAGAAGGCGGCCCGGCGGACAGGUGCCCCCAUCAUCGUGCCCACCAUGCUUGCGCCAGAACCAAGUAUCCGCCCCCAGGUCAUGAACGGCCCCCUGCACCCCCGGCCCCUGGUGGCGCUGCUCGACGGCAGGGACUGCACCGUGGAGAUGCCCAUCCUGAAGGACCUCGCCACCGUGGCCUUCUGUGACGCGCAGUCCACGCAGGAGAUCCACGAGAAGGUUUUAAACGAGGCCGUCGGUGCCAUGAUGUACCACACCAUCACCCUCACCAGGGAAGACCUGGAGAAGUUCAAGGCCUUGCGAGUGAUCGUGCGGAUAGGCAGCGGCUACGACAACGUGGACAUCAAGGCCGCCGGCGAGCUCGGCAUCGCCGUGUGCAACAUCCCAUCAGCAGCGGUAGAAGAGACUGCAGAUUCCACCAUCUGCCAUAUCCUCAACCUCUACCGGCGGAACACAUGGCUGUACCAGGCGCUGCGGGAAGGCACGCGGGUCCAGAGCGUCGAGCAGAUCCGCGAGGUGGCGUCUGGCGCUGCCCGCAUCCGUGGGGAGACGCUGGGCCUCAUUGGCUUUGGUCGCACGGGGCAGGCGGUUGCUGUUCGAGCCAAGGCCUUUGGAUUCAGCGUCCUGUUUUAUGACCCCUACUUGCAGGACGGUGUAGAGCGGUCCCUGGGCGUGCAGAGGAUCUACACGCUGCAGGACUUGCUGUACCAGAGCGACUGCGUCUCCUUGCACUGUAAUCUCAAUGAACAUAAUCACCACCUCAUCAAUGACUUUACUAUCAAGCAGAUGAGGCAAGGGGCGUUUCUAGUGAAUGCGGCCCGCGGUGGACUGGUGGAUGAGAAAGCCUUAGCCCAAGCCCUCAAGGAAGGAAGGAUCCGAGGGGCAGCCCUCGAUGUGCACGAAUCGGAGCCUUUUAGCUUUGCACAGGGCCCACUGAAAGAUGCACCGAAUCUAAUCUGCACGCCCCACACUGCUUGGUAUAGUGAGCAAGCAUCACUAGAGAUGAGGGAGGCAGCUGCUACCGAGAUCCGCCGAGCAAUCACAGGUCGCAUCCCAGAAAGCUUAAGAAACUGUGUCAACAAGGAAUUCUUUGUUACCACAGCUCCUUGGUCAGUAAUAGAUCAGCAAGCAAUUCAUCCAGAGCUCAAUGGUGCCACAUACAGAUACCCGCCUGGCAUCGUGGGUGUGGCUCCGGGAGGCCUUCCUGCGGCCAUGGAAGGAAUCAUCCCCGGAGGCAUCCCGGUGACCCACAACCUCCCCACAGUGGCACACCCUUCCCAAGCUCCUUCUCCCAACCAGCCCACAAAACACGGGGACAAUCGAGAACACCCCAACGAGCAAUAGCAGAGAAGGUCAAAAGGUAAUCAUUCAGAUAAACCUGGGACCAAGAGACAGUGAAAAAAUGAUGAACUAAGAGAAAAGGAAUUUGACGCAGUCUUUUUAACUGAUUCUGGACUUAACGCAUCAUUGACGUUGCAGUGUUAAAACUACAAGAGCUAGAAGCCGAGGCGUGGGAAAACUGAAGUCAUCUGCUUCCGAAAGCGCUGAAAGACUAGGACGUGAUUUAUUAAUGACCAACUUCUGUUAUUGUGUGUUAAGUUUUUCAUCUGUGCAUCAAAUCACAACGAAUAAAUAGAUCUUUUUCCUUUAUCAGUCCCUUGGGCACAGCAGGUCCUGAGCACCUUGCUCUAGAAUGUUGCAUCAAGAGUUCCAAACAUCAAAAUAAAAAAUAUAAUAGAGGAAACCCCCAUCCUAUGACUCUAGCCCCUUUGGUCCAUGGGGGCUGGUUACCUCUUUUGCUGUUAGGAAGAUUAAUUUACUACAAAAUGGGGAGAAAGCUGUUUGCCUGUGUUAUACCACUGCAAGCAGAGGCUGGAAGACAGUACAGGCUCCUGUACAGAGGAGUGCCUCUCACAGCGGAACUGUGUACUGAGCGGGCAAGUUGGCUGAAGUUCAGUAGUACCCUCUGAUGAUGCAAAAAAAGAAAAAAGAAAAAAAAAGUAUUAAGUUUCACAAGCUGUUUGUAUUCAAAUAUAUUUUCUCAGUUUCAGAUCCUCAGCUAUUUUAUUGAGUGGAAAGUCUUGAACUUAAAGGAGUUCAAGAAGAAUAAUGUUGCAUUUCCUUAUGUCUCAGGAAACACUUUUUAUGGUAACUUGUCAGAUUGUCUAUGAACAAACCCACUUUUUUAGACAUUGAUAAAGUCUUCUUUUCUUCACGUGAUAUUUUAUACAAGAACACUUCAGAUGUGUUAUUAGAUGUGACUGAUUUUAACAAAUCCUAUUAGAUUUGUAUCAACUAGUUACAUGUUAUAUUCAUAGUUUUUUGUGAAUCAUCGCCUUUUUGUUUUAAAAGAUGGCCUAUUUUGAGCCUUUGUAUAGGUACAUUCCUGUUUUUGUGACAAAAAAAAAAACUUUAAAACUGUCCCAAACAGAAAAACAAUGGCUAUCAGAAGUAUGUUUUGUUUUAGUGUGAGUUACCGUUACUGUAUUUGUUUAUUGUAAAGGUGGACAUUUAGCGUUCAGUGCAGUUUUCAAUAAAAAGUAAUAAAAAUUUCUGUUAAGUUCUGAAAUUCAAACACAUCUCACCAAUGUAAAAGUUCUCCACUUGAGAUGUUUAAAGGCAACUGAAUCUUGUAAUAGCCAGUUCCCAACUCUCUUUACUCCCGGGUUCAAAUACUAAUAAUGACACUAGUUUUAUAGAAAAUCUGCCUAUUCCAAGACUACUGACAAUUGCCUCACGUGAUAAGAGAACGUAAAUUUAAAAAUCAAAACCUCGUCCAAGUCUAUCAACACCAAAGUAUGCCACCCUUAAGAUGAAAUAGUGGGUUAGAACUAAAUCAAUUCAAGAAACAAAGUUGGUCAAGUUUCAUUUUAAUUUGCCCAAAAGCAAAAUUACCUGCUCAAGCAUCAAUGCAGGAAGGAAGGAGAUAAAUCUCAAACCUUUUUUGGCCAGUAACCUAACAAUAUGUUUACAAAGAAGUGUUCCAAAAUAAUUAACACCAGCCAUUUCCAUAGGUUAAGAACUUUAAAAGUUGAUGUUUUUUAGUGGAUAUUCCUUUUUUUAAAUAGCAUUAAAUCCUUUAUACUAAUGGUGGCUACAAGUGUCUUAAGUCCAGGAAUUUCACGUACCAUAUACUCCCUUUAAAAAAAAAAAAUCCAAUCAGCAUUUUAAAGCAUUAACCUGGCUGACCCUGUCUCCUCAUUUUGAGGUGGUGGCCCAUCCCAAUUCUGCCCCCCCCCAAAAUUUACAUAACAACUUCACAGAGAGCUGGAGCAGGGAGGUGGGGGGCAGAAUAGUUCAACAUCAUCCUCAUCAUCUGCCCCACCAUCUGAACAGCAAUGAUGUUACCUUCGCUAAAACAGGCUGGGACACAAUGACCCCAGGACAUAAAAAGGCAGCUCCAAAUCCACGGUGCACCUGGGUUUUGUUUAAUUAGGUCUCAGUUUCCCUCAUAGUCCAAUGGAAAUGAUUUUUAUAUAUAAACUCCCAGGAAAAACAGGUCAGAACACAAAACAAACACCACACUGUUUGUUAAGGAAUCUGUCCUAUAGUUUUAAGUCCAUAAAGCCCAAAGAGCUGAGGUAUUAAUCUCGAGAGUCAACCAAGACAUUUGUGCCCUCUCAUCCAGCCACAAGAGAUCUUUGAGAAGGGACUGCAAGCUCUUAUCUUGGGACAGUAAUUAUGGCUGUUUAACAGUUCAAGAGCUUAACAGUGAUUUACCCAAAACAGCCCAUCUGCCGUGAAGACCAUACUAAGCCCUAUCUCUGUUGGCGGGCGUCUGGGGCCUAGGAAAUUCUUUCCCACAGGGAAGAACGCUGAACGUGUCAAAUUAGACGUGGUCAGGGUCACCCAUCAUAAAUAAAUAAAUAAAGGGGCAACUCAGGGAAGCAAACUCACCAGACCACAAGACACAGAGGUGAAAUGCUGCGCCCAUAAUUUUCUGGACAGCUUCAACUGCAGUGUAGACAGACUAUAGUGACAAGAUGCUUUUCCCUCAAACAUUUCUCUUUGGCUUCUUAAGAGGCAACUAAAACAGGAUCUCUGCCACUAAAGAAUUAUUCCUAAAUAUGGAGAAAGGUUACUAUCGAUGCUGUGCUAAGUAGUCAGAAUGAAAGCCUUCUAAAAACGUGAUUAAUCAUUGACAAAAAUGAAAGCAAACCGUAUAGAGUCAAUUCGUAAAAAAAACCCAGUAACCACUCGGAACAGUAAAAUUUACCAUUAUAACAUGAAAGUUCAUUUAUACGGAAUCAUACUGCAAAAAUAAAUUUUUUCUGCAAGUUUUA